GUUCCUCACUUUGCUUCACAAAUUCCUCUCAACACUUUGAAACCCAUAUUAUUCCUUUUCAAUGGCUAAUGUGGUAGAAUUGAAGGUAGGUUUACAUUGUGAAGAAUGUAUCAAGAAGAUCUUAAAGACCAUCAAAAAAUUUGAAGAUAUUGAAGCAUAUGACAUCGAUACAAAGCUAAACAAGGUGAUAGUCAAGGGAAAUGUAACAAAUGAACAAGUGAUUAAAGCUUUACAAAAGAUCGGUAAGCAAGCAAGCAAUUGGGAAUAAGAUUCGACAACAAACUACUACCUAGUUGAGAAUGAUGUGUAACUAAUAUUGUAAUGUAACACGCGUUUUGUGAUGUUAGUCGAGAGAGAGUGAUCAGGAUGAUCUUGUAAUACUACUAGCUGGCUGAUAUCAUUUUUUACAUUACUAUUCAAUUUUUCGAGUUCAAAUGAUAAGGUUACGUUUGGUUAA